CAAUAUGUCUGCCAAAAUCAAGGUCACACUGGACUCGCUGAUUUUUGUUCGAUUUGGUUUUUUGCAGUCUCAGUUGCCGUGCCCGUGCCGUACAUGUGGUUCCCCUUAAUUUACGGUUGUACGCCAUUUGGCCCUGCCCAGUUCACAGCACUCGAUAGUUGCAGUUAUCCGGCGAUAGCGGUAUAAAUAUUACUUGCGGCACGAACUGUGCCAGCAGUUGGCCAGCAAAAUGCUACAGGAAGGCAUACAUACGCCAUUCAGUUCGGAUAUACCGCACGCCUUUGUCUACGAGGAUAAAAAUCGCUCCACGGUGUACUACUGCGGUCCCUACGUGCAGUCGCUGAAGAACUUUGCAGAGGCUUUCAAGUACCAGCUGUAUCUGGAGCAUGUGGACAGUUUGCCCAAGAAGUCGAUGCUGCAGAAUCAGCUGGCGUAUGGCGAGUAUAAUGUAUCGCUACACGGCGUAAUAAUGCGUCCGCGCCAGGACGAGCCCAUGUACGAUGUAACGCAAUAUAGUUAUCCCAUUGAGGUGAUGACAAAUUGUGUAAUGGUGCCGCUGGCGCCGGAGCUGCCCAAAUGGAUGUACAUGGUGUGGCCCUUGGGACGUUAUGUGUGGACGACGCUCUUCCUCAGCAUAUUCUAUGUGGCCCUGCUGCUGCGCUUUGUGCACUGGGGUGAGCCCAUUGUGCGCUCCUAUACGCGUAAUCUGCUGCACGCCAUGGCCUUGAUUAUGUACAGUCCGAAUAUGAAUUUAAAGGUGAAGAUGGAGCAGCCGCCGCUGCGCAUGUGGAUCUUCUAUACGCUGCUCUACACUCAAGGCUUUAUACUCACCAACUAUCACAUAAGCCACAUGACCUCGUUUGAUAUGAAGCCAGUGUUUGUCAAGCCCAUCAACACCUGGUCCGACUUGAUAGAGUCCAAGCUGCGCAUCAUUAUACCGGACACGCUGCUGGAGGAGCUGCGUCUGCUGCCCGUCGUGGACACAUCCUCGUUGAAUGCGCAGUUCGAGCCACGCAUUUGACAGGACUAUCAGGAGCUUUUGCAGCGGCCCUCACGCGCCUACGCCUACGUUGUUACCCAGGAUGCCUGGGACUUUUUCAAUCG